AUGCGCUUUGCCGUUCUCGCCACGCUCACUCUGGGCUCUCUCCUCGCGUCUGCAUCUCCCCCGCCUACACGCGUGGAGCGUGGCGCGCCUCAGUCCAACAUUCACCAUAUCUCUCCGCCGUUCCCGCCGGGCUUCAAACCGGUCCUUCCCCCUCCUGUUGGAAGGAAACCCGUCUCGCCCUCAAAGCUGCCCACUCCGACGGUCCGUCUGGACCUCGCCUCGGUCGAGGGUACAUACGAUGGCCACACUCACUCGUACCUUGGCAUUCCGUACGCCCAAGCUCCCGUUGGCCAUCUUAGGUUCAGCGCUCCAGUUGCCAACAGCCCUUACACCGGGAAGAUAAAUGCCACGGCGUUCGGGAACAUCUGCUACAACUUCGUUUCUCCGCAGCCUCCCUUCCCGACGUGGAUCACCCCCGAGCAGUUGCAGUUUCUGGAGGUCUUUGACACGCCAGCUCCGGCUCCCUCCUCCGAGGAUUGUUUAAACAUCAAUGUGAUUACGCCUACGUCGGCCAAACCCGGGUCCAGACUCCCUGUCGUCGCUUACAUCUUCUUUGGUGCAUUUGAGUUCGGUGGAGCUUUCGACGUGGAUGGACGGAACAUGGUCAAACGAUCUGUGGAGCUGGGCGAGCCCGUCAUCUUUGUAUCGAUGAACCAUCGGCUUGGACCUCUCGGCUGGCUUGGAGGAAAGGAGAUCAAGGACGUGAAGCAGGAAACCUCGGUCUCCAGGAUCCGCGAGGCCCUUCGCUGGAUCCAGCGCUACAUCAUUCAGUUUGGCGGCGAUCCCACGAAGGUUACCCUGCUGGGCCUCAGUUCCGGUGGCGUUUCGGCCGCCUUGCAGACCGUGUACAACAACGGGAACACCGAAGGACUCUUCCAUGCUCUGUGGGCCGAAUCGGGUGCGAUUCAACCCGUUGGUUGGAUCGAUGCCCCACAACCGCAAGCGGCAUACAACACCUAUGUGGCGUCUGUGGGGUGUUCGGAUGCCAAAGAUACCCUAUUGUGUCUCAGGCAGGCACCCGUGGACGCGGUAACCAACGUCAAUGCUCUCACCUCGGUGUGGACCCCGCACGCGGACGGGAGCGUCAUCUCGGACCUUCCGCAGACGCUACUCACGGAAGGGCACGUUGCGAAGAUUCCCGUAGUCGCCGGAAACGCCGAGGAUGAAGGGACACUCUUCGCUCUCAAUAUACCCGACAUCACCAAUGAUAUGGAAUUCAUCGAACUCGUCAUGGAAGCGUACUUUCGAAACAUCAGCUCCGCAGACGCUGAGACACUGCUGCAAAUGUACCCGAACGACCCGGCGCAGGGUGCGCCGUACGGCACCGGGGACGACUUCCAGUACACGCUGAUGCACAAGCGCUUCGCGUCGUUCGCGGGGGACACGGGCGUCGACGCCGUGCGCCGCUUCUUCACGCAGCAGAUGAGCGCACACAGCAACGUCUGGGCGUACUAUUACAAGCGGUUCUACGUUCCCGGCUUCGGAUCGACGCACGCGUCGGAGCUCCCCGACAUGUACCAGAGCGGGAACCUGCAGGACAUCUUCAUCCACUUUGCGAACACGCUCGACCCGAACGGCGCCACGAACGUCACGCAGAACUGGCCGAAGUACGACACGAGCAACCCGGUGCUCUUGGAGUUCACCAGAAACACGACACCCUCGCUGACGAACGAUACAUACCGCGAGGCGGCGAUAGAGUUCCUCAUUGAGAUGGGGCAGAAGAUGCCGUGGCCCAUCUAG